AGGGGGUGGAGUAAAUAAUUUCCAAAUGGCCAUACAAAAGGUAGUCAAAUUUCGUAGAAUACUGGAUGGUUCUCGAUUCUCCUGUGGACCACCAUAAAUAGAGUGAGCUCGUUUUACAGAGCAUUUACCCUUUUCGGCGGCUUCUAGUAUUCAGCCAAAAACUCUAUUUCUCGUUCCCCUGUUAUUUUGCGUAACCGUCUCACACCGAUCUGCUUGCUAAGGGAAGAAAUGGCAGGUUCCCAUAUUGCACAUGCUGCUUACAAGGGUCCAAGUGUAGUGAAAGAGAUUGUGAUAGGGAUUGCUCUUGGAAUAGUUGCGGGAGGUUUGUGGAAGAUGCACCAUUGGAACAACCAGAGGAGAACUAAGGAAUUCUAUGAUUUGCUUGACAAAAAUGAGAUCAGUGUCGUGGUGAAUGACGAGUAACUUUACAAGAAUUCAAUAAUUUGCUUCAGCAUGAAAGUUUGGCUCAAAUGGUAAAUGAACAAUGUAUGUUUCAGAUAAUGUUUAAAUUUUAAUAUGUUAAUAAUUUUCAGUUGAAAAUAUAAUGAUAGUUCUUUAGAAUAUAUUCAGUUGGUAUGUUUGAUUAGAAUGAGGCAAAAUGAAUUAGGAAAUGUUUGACUUGAUUUGGUGGGGUGCGCCAGGCCUGGGCAGUAGUGCAACGCUAAGGCGACACAUGAAGACCCAAGUAGCAAGCUACUUUGAUGGGCCUUCCCCCUUAAAAAAUUGAGUUAAUAUCGUGUGAGCCAAUGGCCCACAUAUCAGAUAUUAAACUGAUAAGAACAGAUACUACACUUGAUCUUAGCCAAAAGGCCGAGAAAGGUAUGCUUUAUACUGGAAAUGGGCCUUGAUUUUUAUAGUAGAUCUUGGCUAUAUAGGUAUUAGCUAUUUCCGAUAUGGGAUGAAUAGACUAAUUCAAAAACAAUCUCCUUUGCUUUCUCGAAUGUUGUAAAAGCUUUUUUAGUUCUUAUGUAUGAGAUUCUGCCUAACAAUAAAAUGGACACCUGACAGUGAUGUUUCGAGUAUUGCUUGGCUGGUAAAUGGUACAGAAUUUGCUAUACAGAUUUGAACUGAUUGGGAUGCUUAUUUCACUUCAGCGUCAUUCUGCGUAUCUUCUAAAAAACUCUAUAACUGAGCCUAGCAUAUCUGGCAUUUUAGGCUCCCUAACAUGAGUUUGUUUUGUGUUUUUUUGUUAUCCUGUUUAUAUUUACUGCAUUCGAGCAGGAAGAAAUCCCUGUUCUUGGGCUGGCAAUUGUUAUAAACAAAAUUCAUAAGAGCUAGUGGCGCAGGGGAUAGGGAAUAUGCUCCUAUAUCCUUCUCCACUUAAAUGUCGACACAUUUGUAUGCAGCAGAGUUCAAACUUGUGACAUGAGCAUAAUCUACACAUCACUUGUUACACUCUUAUCAUGUGGCUAUUAUGAAGCAGAUUAUAGAUUGCUAAAUGAAAGCACGAUGUUUUUUGCUUCCUAAACCGAGAGGGCGCGUCUCUUACUUCUAUGAGUUUUACACUGCUAGCUAA